AUGACGACAAUACGCCAACGAAUUGAUACAACUCAUCGUGAUGCUAUUCAUGAUGCCCAAUUAAAUAUGUAUGGAAGCAGAUUGGCCACAUGCGGAUCAGAUCGUGUUGUCAAGAUUUUCGAGGUUCGUCCAAAUGGUCAAUCAUUCCCAAUUGCCGACCUAACGGGACAUUCUGGACCGGUUUGGAAGGUUUCAUGGGCUCAUCCAAAGUUUGGAGGUCUUCUAGCAUCUGCUUCUUAUGAUAAAAAAGUUAUUAUCUGGCAGGAAGUUAGUGGAAGAUGGCAAAAGUCUUAUGAAUGGGAAGCUCACGAAGCUUCAACGACAUGCGUCGCAUUUGCUCCACAACAAUUCGGUCUUAUUCUCGCUUCCGCUUCCGCUGACGGCGACAUCGGAAUUCUGCGCUUCGAUGCGGCAACAUCGAAUUGGUGUCCAUCAAAGAUCAUGAAAACUCACGAGCAAGGCGUUAAUGCGGUUUCCUGGGCGCCGGCGACACCUGAUAAUAAGAAGAGAUUAGUCUCAUCUGGAAAUGACAAAUGUGUGAAAAUCUGGGUGUUCGACGAGAAAUCGAAAGAAUGGAAUUGUGAGAAAACACUUCAUGGCCACACUGAUUUUGUGAGGGACGUUGCUUGGUGCCCAGUCGCAAACAACGGGCUUCACUCGAUUGUCAGCUGUGGAACGGACGGAAACUUAGUUUUAUACCGAUCGAAAAAUCUUGACACCGAUGAAUGGCAGUCAAAAUUGCUCGAGAAAUCCAACGGAGAACUUUAUCAUGUCUCUUGGUCACCAUGUGGAACAUUCUUGUCAGUUUCUGGAGACGAUAAUACGAUUUCGAUUUGGCGUGAAAGCCUUCAAGGCCAGUGGAUAAAAGUGCCGCGUGAGAACAAAGAAAGAGAUGAUUCGAACCGACAUGCUGAAUACCAUUAA